AUGCCGUGCGGUGGUUUCGCCCUGGCAGGGACCGUGGCUCUUGGUUGCUCUGCCAGGAGCUUGCAGGAGAUCGGGCAUCCCUCCGUUCCUCCGAGGGGCUCUCAGAGGGAGCACAGGACCGUGCUGGGGACACUCUGCCUUGUCGGGUCCUUAAAACCGCAGAGCAGAAGCUGGAGUGGGAUCCCUUUCCUCCUUUGCCUCAGGAUAACAGAUGAGGCCUCAUCCAAAAUCUGGCCCUGCUGUUGUGAUAAGAUCUGAUAAGUAAAGCUGUAGGCUUUGGAUGAGCAGAUGCCUGCACACCACGGUGAAGCUUCUGAGGAAAACUGGAGCUGAGCAGAGGUGGUUGGAGCGGCACUUGAAGGAUCCCUUUGUCAAGGCAGCGAAGCAGCAGCAUUACCGUUGCCGAAGUGCCUUCAAGUUGCUGGAAAUUGAUAACAAGCUCCGUGUUCUUCGUCCAGGACUUGCUGUUCUUGACUGUGGAGCAGCACCUGGUGCUUGGAGCCAGGUUGCUGUAGAGAGGGUCAAUGCAUUAGGUACUGAUCCUGCUGUCCCCACUGGCUUUGUGCUUGGCGUUGACCUGCUGUGGAUUUCUCCUCUGCAAGGAGCAGUUUUCCUGUCCCAGAUGGACAUCGCAGACCCCAGCACACUGAGGGCAAUCCAGAGCCUGCUUCCCUUGGGGAAGGCAGAUGUCAUCCUGAGUGACAUGGCACCCAACGCCACAGGCAUUAAAGAACUGGAUCAUCAGAAGCUGGUCAGUCUGUGUUUAAGCCUUCUGGAUAUAUCCCAACACAUUUUAAAGCCAAAAGGAACAAUGCUCUGUAAAUUCUGGGAUGGAUCUGAGGCCCGUCUCCUGCAAAACAGACUGAAGGAACAGUUCCAGGAUGUGAGAACUAUAAAGCCUGAGGCCAGCCGGAAGGACUCUGCGGAAUCUUAUUACUUGGCAAGGCUGUACAGAGGGAAAUGAAAGUCAAGGACUGCAGAUUCUCUGACAUUGAUUGGAAAUCUCAAUUUAGUGGGUGUUUAAAGGAAAAUCCCACCAUUAAGACCCUGGGAAAAUUUGCUACUCUUCUUUAAGUCCAUAAAGCUUUUCAAAUACUUGCGGACAAAAUGGUUGGGAAUGGAGAGGAAUAAUCUGAAAGGCAAACUCUGGAGUAAUGGAAAUGAAAAUAAAAUGCUGAUUAUAUGA